AUUUCAUUGGUGUUAUUAUUAUUAUUAUUAAUAUAAAUCAAUUAAACUAUUUAAGUAAAUUCAGAAAACUGUCACAGUUCAUACAAAAUAAUAAAACAUAAUAUUUUAUUUGAUUUAGUUUUCACAUGCUGUCAAUAAAUAAUUUGCAUGAGGUGGGGAUUUAAAGGAUGUUUAAGCUGAAUAACAAUAAUUCUGAUUGCUCUAUUUAUCUUGUUUUCCUUUCUUUUAAUAGAAAAGGCUUGUUUCUACUGAAAAAAAUGACAUGCUGUGAAGACAUAUUUUCCCUUCUUAUUCUGUUAUAAAAAUCUGCUGUCCCUUAUGAAUGACCGUCCCUAAAUGUAUUUCCAAAUGAUUUAUACGUACUCCCAUUGGGGAUGCAUUACUAACAGGAAAAUUAAAGUCGUGCAAAUAAUUCUCCUGAGAAUUUCCUUUCUCUCUGUCUUUUUAAUUAUUCUUUUUGGUCUUGCUUUCAGGUGUUAUAACAUUACUUUUAGUUCAAGCAUGUCGCUCUAUAUUUUUGAACUGUUACUGUGCUGCCUCAGGUAAGCGAUUAAUAGAGACGUAGGAGAUGAAGGUCACACCACAGGUUGCCUUUAACUGCUGCAUGGAGCCAAUCCCGGAGGCAGAGCCAGCACUACUAAUUGUUUGAAGGAGGGAACCUAUUGAAGCCUUCCUCCUCAUCUUUUGCUAUUAAUCUCACUUCAUUUGUUACCGUUAUUGUGUGUGGCGAACCCUGUUGAAGAUAAGAGUGAUUUGAUUGCAGGAACCCAGUGGCUGCUCAGUUUGUCUUGAUUUUAGAAGCAAAAAGCAAGAUGUCUAACAACAUGGCCAAGAUUGCAGAUGCAAGAAAGACAGUGGAGCAGCUGAAGCUGGAGGUCAACAUAGAGAGGAUGAUGAUUUCCAAAGCAGCAGCAGAACUGAUGUCCUACUGUGAAGCUCAUGCUAAAGAGGACCCACUGGUGACUCCUGUCCCUUCAUCGGAGAACCCUUUCAGAGAGAAGAAGUUAUUCUGUGUCAUACUUUAACUCCUGUCAGCAGAAUACCAUUUUUCUAUACAUGUGCAUAAUUGUCUUUUUAAUUAAAGCUCUUUAGUGACUUACCACAUGUGAAAUGAUCAAGUUUUCAACAUGAUAAUAGUGUCAAUAAAGUUUUAUUGAAAAA